CAAAUGUCGUCUCAACUAGCAUACAUUACGUCACCGGAAGUUAAUAUAACCAAGGACAGCUGUCUUACCAUUGAUAUCGGAGACAGCAGACAAUUAGAAUUUAGAAUAUCAUCUUAUGAUGGUGAAAUGUAUACAAUUCUAUAUCAAAACACUUCAUAUUAUGGUGACUUUGUUAUACCAGUGGAUAUUGCACCCGGGUAUUACAAAGGUGUUACAAUUGAAACACAAUCGAACAGAGCAUUUUAUUGGCAUUAUGCCAUAAUCAAAAGCAUCGACCUCUAUGAUUUGACUUGCCAAGAACUGAGAACAACAUUUUCAACGACACCAUCAUGGCAGGAAACAACAUACCCUCCCAGGAACACUACUUACCCUCCCAGGAAUACAACAUACCCUCCCAGGAAUACAACAUACCCUCCCAGGAAUACUACAUACCCUCCUAGGAAUAUAACAUACCCUCCCAGGAAUACUACAUAUCCUCCCAGGAAUACAACAUACCCUCCCAGGAAUAUAACAUACCCUCCCAGGAAUACAACAUACCCUCCCAGGAACACUACUUACCCUCCCAGGAAUACAACAUACCCUCCCAGGAAUACAACAUACCCUCCCAGGAAUACUACAUACCCUCCCAGGAAUAUAACAUACCCUCCCAGGAAUACUACAUACCCUCCCAGGAAUAUAACAUACCCUCCCAGGAAUAUAACAUACCCUCCCAGGAAUACUACAUACCCUCCCAGGAAUAUAACAUACCCUCUCAGGAAUACUACAUAUCCUCCCAGGAAUACUACAUACCCUCCCAGGAAUACUACUUACUCGGCACCAUUUUCGACCCCUAGUGCCGAUUCUAGAACGACUGGUACAACACAAGAACGCACUACCUUACCAGCAUGGGCUACAACACCAACAUUAGUAUGGACACGUACUACCAAACGACGGGGGUAUACAAAUAAGACGACAAAAAAAGUCUCAACCGUACCAUGGUGGAACAGAACAACAGGUGCCUGGACACCAUGGGGGUUUUCGUCCAACGCAUCAACAACUACGCAGAUUUCUCUACCAGACGAUUUUCCACAGCUUUAUAUCAAUAAGCCGGAUCCGGUAUCGUUCGGAGUCUCCUUAAUCUUAUCGUGUAUUAUUGAUCAUGACCCAAAAUACAAGCUGAUCCUGAGCUGGUUCAGUGGCGACACAGAAAUUUCUAGACAAAACGACAUAAUGGUUGGUGAGGAAGACCAAACAAAGUUCAAAAUAGUAAUGAAUAACGACAACGUUGGUGUAACAUAUUAUAACUUAACGGUAAACGACGUCACUGACGUUGAUGUUCGGAAAUAUUUUACCUGUGUUGCUGACGUCAUCGGUUACUAUCCUAUUAACUUUCUUAAGGACAGUACAAGGAUUGAGAUUGAAGAUGACGGCUGCCAGACCCUUGGAAACAGUGAAAUCGAGAUGUUUUGUAAAUCAGUCGGUUAUAGACGUGUAACAGUGCCAACUGCAUCAGGAUCGCAAACAAUGGGCCGAGUCUCCGAAGUAUUUUAUUCUUUACAAAAUUUGUUAGAAAGGGCGAAGGUGUUUGGACAGCACCAUUGUUUUAAUCCUCUGAAAGAACUGGCCUGUGGUCUUCAUACCAGUCGGUGUCAGUCUGGAAAAUUGGUCAAACCUGUAUGCAGGGAACAUUGUCAGGAAAUUGCCGAUGUUUGUAUGGAGGUGCCGUUCGCUAUAGUGAGUAAUAACAACAGUGACCUUCACUAUUACUGCAAAUAUUUACCAUCGUUAACAGAUUCGCCGGACUGUACAGAAAUGUGGCUCGGAUGUGAAGUAAAUAUGACGCUCGGGACUAAUGACACGCCAGCGUCUAUACGACUGCGUUCAGAGAAUCAUCCAAACCAGGCUCCUUCUUCUUCACCUUGUAACUAUUACAUAAAGGCAUCACCGUUCUACAUACUAAAUUUAACUGUAGAAAACAUAACGCUAGGCGAAGACUGCAGUAUCAGCUAUUUAAUGAUAAAUGCAGAGAGACUUUGUUCAAGCAAUGCAAGUCACUAUACGUAUUUACCCGAUCAGUCAAAUUUGAAUAUUUCAUUGGUUUCAAGUUCUCAGGAUAACGCAGGAUUCCUGUUGUUGGUCUCGCAAGUAUUACAAGCUGACGUGUGUGAUUUAAUAGAAGUCAGGUCUUACUACGGCACUACAUAUGACGGUUAUAAGACUAAAAGUAACACUUGCACAGAAUGGAUAUUCUACACCAGGCCAGGAUACAGUGUCUGGCUUCGUUUCACAGAUAUUGAGCAAUGUUUAGAAAUCUUAGACAAAAACUCAGUCUCCGUUCAGGAAAUUUGUACGCUUUCAACAGAACUGAAUCUCGGAGGAAUGGAUGUUGUUAAAGUAAAAGCUAAAACGCCUGGAACUGGUUUCAAUGUUACCUAUUCUCGAAACGUGUCUAGAGGUUCCUUCGACUUUACCAUAGAAAGCGUCGAAUUAAGAGAAGGAGUCAGUGACAAUAUAGGAAAGAUUUUUAUCAAUCGCACAGACGGUAAAAGCGGGUUUGUAUGUGGAUAUAUGAAUAGAGGUGCGGCUGACGUUAUCUGUAGAUCAGCUGGAUUUAGGACUCCUGCGCUUGACUACAUGGUUUACAUGCCGAAUCCCAGUUACAGUUAUGAUUCUGAGACGAAGGACAUCAUUAUGUAUGGUCUAAACUGUGGUGGAAAUGAGAAAAGCAUACUAGAGUGUAGAACGCAAGAGUGGAUUGACACUUGCACAGGCUAUUAUUGUAACUGUUAUUAUGGAAGUAGUUUUAGAGGUGUUCAUUGUCCGGUGACGUCAGCGUCUUGUAACUUUACUGUUCGAAAUGAUUGUGGCUACGAGUAUGACACUACGAAAGUUUCACUUGAUUAUACUAACAAAUAUGGUCAUGGUCUUUACAUGUUGGGGUCUAAACACGAGGUCACGGAAAUUGUAUCUCCUGUCUUUGCAUACACCAAAGGGGAAAGUGUCACUUUCGAAUAUUCGCUCAGAGGAUACCCCGGAGAGAACAUGGUGUUGUCAAUAAGGCCUGCGGAUGGCGCUGACGAUUUGUUUGUGUGGCAGAAAUCAGAGUCACUGUACAUUCUUGACGGCCGCUAUAGCGCAUGUAUGAGACUUCCUAAUGAUUACAUAGAUACAGAGGUUCAGAUGGUGUUCACAAUGUCCGUGGCAGCAUCUGUAUCCGGCAGUAAUUACACCAUGGGAUUACAUAAUGUGAUGGUAAAGCAAGACAGUUGUCCAGGUAACUUUCCUGCAAAUGGAUGUUCAUUUAACGACCUUGAAGUUUGCCAAACAUUUUUAUCAGAAACUUGUAAUAAUGGCAGUUAUAGAACAUCAGUCUGGAAUGUUAAAAACAACACUUUAGAAGGAUCCUCGACUUAUGCCAUGAAAGAUACAGAUUACGCUGUAACAUUUUCAUCAUCGCCAAACGUGGGCUCGUAUUUUCGAUUUAGUUAUUUUCAAACCGGCGUUGGGGUGAAUGGGAAUGAUCUAGAACUCAGGGUCGACUUCGAAACCUCGAGUGAUGGAGUAAAGACGAUAUUUUCAGACAACCAUUACAAAUCAGAAUGGGAGAACGUAUGCAUGCGACUGCCUUCUACUGAUGAUGGACAGUUUAGUGUUAGCUUUAUUAUACGAAGAUCUCUCUCGGAGGGGAGCAUUUACCUCGAUGAUAUAGAGUUAAACAAUGAGCCAUGUCCGCAUCCUAUAUCAUGUGAUUUUGAAAAGAACUGCAGCUAUUCGUCACUACCUACCCUAUUUUAUUGGCAAUUGGCCCGCACCUAUAAUGAUCAUACUUUCAGGGGUCAGCGUUUAGGGCAUGUAAUGCAGGCCACAACCAGUUACUACCAACCAGUAUUACAUGGAAUACCUGCUGUAUUUACAACACCAGUUGCACAACUUUCUGGAGUCAUUCCAUACAAAUGUAUAUCAUUUUAUUAUAAACUUUCCUAUGGAUCUAAUGCACACUACAAACUCGAAGUCAGUGUAUUAAAACCGGAAACAAACGAAACGUCCACGACAGAGAUAGAGACGUUUUUCCAGAAUAUUUGGCAGAGAGCAAACGUUAAGGUGAAUCCAGACGUCUACCCGGCAGCACAAAUCUCAUUUUUGGUAACACCAGUUUAUGGAAGUGUGCGCCAACCUGUAGCCAUUGAUGACGUUGAACUGAUUACAACCGAUUGUAUUGAAGGCUUACAAGAUAUAGAUGAAUGUGACUUCAGUAACCCAGGACUAUGUGGGUAUGAGGCAAAUUGUACAGCCGGUUCAGGUUAUAUUUGGAGAGUAAAUUCAAGAAGUUCACAACACUCAAGUCCAAGAACCGAUGCAGACGGCAAUUUUCCAGGACAUUUCAUGUAUUUGGACAGUUCACUUGGUGCUGCAGGGCACGAAUCACAUCUGUGGUUUCUGGUAAACCUGGAAAACGUGGAAGCAGCCCAUUAUUCGUUUUCUUAUUACAUGUCUAGUAACGGAACAGGGAUGUUAAAGACAUUUUACAGAUCAGCAAGCACUAACACAUACAGUACUAUGUCUGUUGCACCAUACAAAGGUUCUGGUGUUUGGUAUCAGUCAGAUUGCUAUGACUUGCCACAAGCUUUCCACGGAGAAAUUUACCUUCAUGCUAUCAGAGACGCCUCCGUAUUCAGCGAUAUUGCAGUUGACAAUGUGAAGAUAACAAAGAAAAGCUGUCCGACGCCAUCUGUAACUUGUGACUUCACCGAUAAUAGUUGUGGAUACACACCAGAAAAUAGUAAAUGGACUGUAAAAGAUGGCUAUAUUACCACAACAAAAAAAGGUGCACUGCACUUACCACUGCAUUCAAUUAACGUCACGUGGUGGGCCUGUAUACGUUUUGACUUUGAAAGUAAAGAAAACAACGCGUUGAUAGUCGAAGCAGACUAUGGAUCAUUUACCUACAGAGUCUAUUCGAAUGGCAGACACCGUGGACAGAUUGAGUAUACUCCAAAUGUUGCUGGAAUAAAAUUUGUUGUUCCUGGCGACUAUAUGGUCAAGCUAGACAAUGUAACAGUCACACCAGGCCGAUGCGAUGCAAUGGCUUGUGGUUCAGACGAAAUGGCAUGCCAGUGGCAGUGUAUUCCAAACGCAGCAAAAUGCAACCGGGUCAUAGACUGCAAUAGUGCUUGGGACGAAAGUGAUUGUGGUUUUAGUCUUACGUGCAAGUUUGAUGACGGCGCUGAUUGUGGUUAUGCUACAGAGAAAUUGUCAGCUACAGAAUGGUCAGUGAAAGAGUCGCAUACAUUCAAUUAUGAUGGCAGAGAAGAAACGGUUACUGGUGGAAUGCUGUUUACAAGUCUGAAGGGACAGUAUGCGUGGUAUAAUUCUUCCGUUAGUUCCACAUGGAACGAAAUAUAUGGGCCUUCUUGCGUAAGGUUCCGUUACCUCGGUACCGUUCCAUCUCUCACUGUAACCAUUAGCAACAAAGAAAGUGGUGCAAAAAUGAACUUGACUGAUUCAAACGCUGACAUGACACCUUCAUCAUGGAGAUAUGGACAGAUUACAGCUGAGCAGGGUACAAUAAUGAUAACUUUUACAACGUCAUUGUCAGCAACAAACUACACUCGCGUUGCUGAUAAAGAUGCAUUUGUAGCAAUAGAAGAGAUCGAAGUGUUAGAUGGAGCUUGUAAAGACAUCGACUCACCAGAAUGUCCGCAGGCGGCACCACUGCAGUGUGAUGACGGCAGUCUAUGCUACAUUGAGGACCGCCGCUGUGACAGAAAGAUUUACUGUCCGUCUGGAUCUGAUGAAAGUACCGAAACCUGCGCUUCUGAUUUUACUCUAGCUUGUGAUUUUGAAGAAGUCUCAUUGUGUAGAUAUACCAUCAUCUCCAAUACAUACGGACAGAUGUGGAGACGGGUAGGAGGGUAUCAUUACCAGAUACCACCAUAUGAUCAUACUAAACAAAAUGAGAACGGAAGCUUUCUUCUAUUUGUUAACUGGGAUAAUGAUCAAUCACGGUAUGAGAGUACAACUGCUACAUCACCAAGUGUAACAUUUCCUGAAGACGGUUGUAUAUCAUUCUGGUACAUUCUAAAUAGUACAGCUGUGCAGCCAACAGCUUUUUCUGCGCAGAUAUUGGUCUCUCUUAACUACAUUGACACAUCAGAAACCGAGUUUGUAUUUUACGACUUUGUGGACCGACCAUUCACUGACUGGACAGAGGCUCGUGUUCCGGUGCGCGGGAACCAGACGGUGUCGGCAAACUUUACCGCAAUAAUAUCUGAAAAUUUCCUGGCUUGGCCAGGGGUAGUUGCGCUAGAUGACAUAGCUUAUAUUCCUGGGGAGUGUAGUCCUUCUCAAGUAUGUGAUUCACGAACGUUUGAAUGCAAGGAUACUGGUGUGUGUAUCCCACAGGAGUUCGUGUGCGAUGGAAAGAAAAACUGCGGUGAUAAUUCUGAUGAGCAGAAUUGUGAAAGUCGACCAAAUGGAAAAUUUAUGCUAGGCGGUGGUGAUGGAAAAUACGGACAAGUACUUUACUAUCUGGAUGGUUCCUGGCGACAUGUGUGUUUCCCUACCAGUUAUUCUGCUAUAAGGGACUUCAAUAGCACAGUCACAAAACGUAUUUGCGAACAGUUAGGAUUUAUUGGUAGAUCGGAAUCGUACGAGUAUAAGCUUCGGUAUACCACAACAGAUCCGGUCAGUCUUAACUGUGACAACACCUCCUGUACUGACACCUAUUGUAGUUCCUAUUAUUAUUAUGGACGUUCUUAUGCUGGUGUAAGAUGCUCAGAUACAGCAUGUGCCUCUGGAACCGUACUCUGUCCAGGUACUACUGACGUCUGCGUCCAAGCAGGAAGCUUGUGUGAUGGAAAUCCGCAAUGCCCGAAAAACUCUGAUGAAACUGAAUGUUGCUGCCUGGAGGGAGACAGCUAUUGUACUAGACCUUUAGACGACUAUAAAGAUGAGCAAUGUGUUAAAUGCACCGCAAAGGAUAUGUUCGAAUGCCAAGACCAUCAGUGUAUAAGUACGGAUUUGAUAUGUGACGGGACAAACGACUGCGCAGAUGGAACAGACGAAUACGGCUGUGUGCAAAUCAAUGACGACCAAGUCACUGUAUAUUACCAAUCGGAGAGACUCCCGGUUUGUCACGACAAUAUUGGUCGAAAGGAGGCAGAAUCAUUAUGCUCUGCAUCCGGAAGGGGUUUCCUUGGGAACCGUGGGAUACAACGAGGUUACACAAAAGUUGACAACGGCUUAAUGCUAACUAAGAGUAAUUCAACCGAAGGCUAUCUGCCUGGCAUAGAAUUUGACCAAGACCAAACGUCCUGUUACCCGUUGAUAUUAAAUUGCUCGUUGCCAGAAUGCGGUACUACUUCAUACAUAGACGAUAAGAUACUGCCAUUCAUUUACAUGGCCGAUGUAGCUGUUCUUGGAGAAUGGCCGUGGCAUUGCAGUCUGCGUAAAUAUAACAGGUUAACCUGUGGAUGUACCUUACUUUUUGGGCAAUGGGCUUUAACUGCUGCACAUUGCGUUAAGUCUAGAAAUCCGUAUCAGUAUACAGCAACGUUUGGAUCAGUUCGUUCUGACAGCAUUGGUGCACAUGGACAACGAUUAAACGUUAUAGAUAUUCAAAUUCAUCAUCAAUAUAACGACUAUAAUGUCAGUUUUGGGUAUGACGUCGCUCUACUUAAGCUUGCAUUUGCCCCUAAAAUUGACAACUACACAAGACCUAUUUGUCUUGGAACGGAAGACAGCUGGCAGUAUAUACUUGAACAAGGGAACAAGGCGGAAUGUUACAUCACUGGUUAUGGAGCAAACGAACUCUAUUUUGCAAACGGAGAGAACCCGGAGAAGGACUUGGGUGAGUCAAGAGUUGAUAUUGUCGAGAAGAAAACCUGUCGAGAAAGAUACAGAUUAGCAGGUCUAACAGAAGAUACUGUAUCCCAUGACGGCGUAUGUGUACAGAAUGCUAAACCUUACCAGGCUGCUUGCUAUGGCGAUAGUGGUGGACCUUUAGUUUGCAGAAAUGAAAUAGGACGAUGGGAACAGUUUGGUAUUACGAGUUAUGGAGCUUCUUAUUGUAAAAGAUUUGUCCCAGCCAUUUACUUCAAUGUGACAACACAGAGAGAAUGGAUUGAAUCUAAAACAGGUAUCAAACUUCAAGAUGUGUAUCCACCGCUAUACGACGAUUCAUCAGAGUAAGUCAUACAACAGACUACAAGAGAUGAUUUCCUAAUGAUUCAGCCAGAUUAUAUUUGUACAUAGAACUUAUUUCUACAUAUUACUUUAUUUUGCUAUUAUACUGAAUCAUGACGAUCAUUAUUUUUUUGUUCGACGGUAUAUAUUUUGUUAAAAUGUGACAUUUGUAUACGGUUUUAUAUACGCUUAUUGCGUAAUUGAAAACACUACCACUGCUUGACGAUUUAAGAUAUUUUGUUAUGAUUUUAUUUGUUUCAUGCCAUCAACAUCCAAAAUCACUGCUUCCUAGAAUAGUUGGAAAAAAACACCAGUCUCAUGCACAUGCUUCUUUUCUUUUAUACCUCUGUAGAUACCUGUUGUAUACGGCAACUUUACAGUUUUCGUUAUUUUAUAGUAUACUCUUAUAAAUUAAGCUUCUUUCCCACCUCUGGAAAAAACUGUAAUAUACGGCAACUUAAUAGGUAUAUUUGUUACAUAGUAUAUUUAUAUUCAUAUGUAGUAGUUAAAGCAUCUGGUGACAGGUCUAACAAGAAACAAAUAUCAACACUUUUAUAAGUUUGCAUGUUCUGUUGCUUUUAAUAAUGUAUCGCCACCUUGAAAAGUAGUCUAGGGAUCUUUUCUGUUGACUUUAUAUUGUUUCUCUUACCGUAAUUAACGACAAAUUGACCUUGUUUACGAUGUUAGACACAAAGUUAACGCAAAUCAUCGCUAAUAAGCGGUAUUUUAAUAUUUCCAUGAUCUGUAUGUACUGCGCAUAAAUAUAAACGUCGAUUUCCCGAGUAACUUGCAACAAAAUGGGAAAGUUUUUGGUCAGACAGCUAAAGUUUUUUGUAUAUAUCCUCAGAUUCAAAGUAGUUAGAAGGCUAUAUUGGAGUAACAGCGCUUGACCAUCCAUUGGUCCGUCCGACCGUGUGUCCAUCGUGUCCGCCCCAUAUCUUCAUAACCGAUGUUACGUUUUCAAAAAACUUCAAGCAUCAUUUUCUUAUCUCAUCCAAACAACGUUCAACUCGCGAAAACAGGUCACUAGGUUCAUAGUCAAUAUCUCACUUCGAGGUAAACUAUCUUAACUUCAUGUCUUCUCCAUAUCUUCUUGUUUCAUAUAAGGAGCAUCAGGUUUGCACGCAGAGUGGACAACUCGGUUCUCUCGAUACAAAGUCAAUGUCAGACAUGCAGAUGAGUGAUCAAAUAGCUUAAAUUCGCGUCCGUUCAUUAUCUUCUAAAUCGCUGGGAAUGUUUUCAUUAAAAUUAGCUCAAAUUAUUCAUAUUAUCAAGACGUCAUGCAGAGCGCACAACCCUGGUUUCCAGGUCCAACAUGCACAACAAAUGUCAAAUAGCAGAACUUCGUUUCUAUUCCAUAGAAUCCCGCUUUAUAGAUUUUAUAGAUUUUCAUAAAACUGGACGCCAUGUAAAGCAUAUGUCCUGGGUCACUAUGUCUUGGGUCAGGUUCAGACAUAGUGUGAGAAGAAAUAUCUUUAAGUCAUGUUCGGUACAUGUCAAGUAUUUUCAUGUCAAGUAUUGAGUGUUAACCUCAUCCAGAUAGUAUGCAGUGUACACAAACCAGGACAAAACGUUCUAGGCCAAUGUCAUAUUUAGAGGUCAGAGAUGAAAUUUGUGUCUGCUCCCAAUUAUUUUACACAAACGGAAGGCCUUUCAUAAAACUAGUUCAUCAAGCUGACUUGCUGAAUGUAGUACCCAUGUCAACAGGUCAGAGGUCAGGUCACCCUUGAAGGUAAAAGAUCAUGAUAACAAGAUUUUAUUUUACCUGUAGCGUCGUUUCUAGCUUUUUAUUACUUUCUACAUUACCUGAAAUAACUCCUAAAAUGUGUGCAUGCCUGAAUUAUAAGAAGACUUUGUUUUACUAUUAACAGUUAUGGUAAAAAUAAAGCAUAUGAAGGAAGUCGUGCAAGAAUGAAAAGUAGCAAACUAAUUAAUGCAAACCGAAUGCCAUCAGGUUCUCUUGUUGUUGCAUAAUGAAACUGUUCUAUUAUAUUCUGCUCUAUUCUAUGUUGUUAUAUGUGAAAACCUUCUUUGUUUCAGUUUAAUCAGUGUAUAUUCUUAACCAAUAAACAGCUAUACAAUUC